AUGCCGUGGUGCUGCUUGGCAGGGGGAGGUGGGGUGUUGAGAAAAGAAAAGGCCUUUUCAUCCAAGUCCAGAGCAUAAUCCUGUGAUUAAUGGUUGUAACGGUUUUGAUCUUUUCAGGUCAAACUUAAGAGUUGACACAUCACGUCUUUAAAUGUGGAUAAAAUGGAAUUAGUUUAGAAAAGUUGGCAUUGUGGUACACAGAAUUCAAUGGAACCUCUUCAAGUUGGACGGUUACAAUUUUGACCAAAAAUACAUUUCUGGGUCGGGACAACUGUAAAAGUGAUGAAAAGGUUACUUCGAUGUUGCCUGUUAGACACAGCGGCCCUGGAACAGAAUACAUAUCCAUUAUUUGUCGAGGUAAAAAAUGUUUCCAAGUCAGAACAAAUUAGCAGUCAGGCACUAUCCUUGAAUGGAUUGUGGUGCGCUUUGAAAGUUUCAUUGCAUUUGACUUUGAGCCAAGCCCAUGAGUCGCAGUGGUUCCCAACCUUUGUGCCUUGGCACACUUAAUGUGCGCUGACAGAUCAUCAGGCAUGCCUUGGGAGGUAAUCCAAUUUCAUUUAAUGUGCCAGACAAUUAUCUUUUCUUAAUUUCAAAUAGAUCUUCAUCCAUCUAUCAACGCCAGUGGCGAAUAGUGACAACAAGAAAAAAAAAGACAUGGUCAGAAGGUACAACAAACCUGUUGCCAUUCAUAUAGCACACUAAUUUUUCCACAUAUAUCAACUUUCUGAUCAGUUUAAGCCACGGUGUCAAACUCAAGGCACGGGGGCCAAAUCAGACCUGCCAGGUCAUUUUAUGUGGCCCGUGAAAGCAAAUUCAACUGUGUCAGCUUGCUAAAAUCUGUACAAAAUUGUGAAAUUGUCAUGUGUAAUAAUUAAUGUGGAGGUUUUGCAAUAAUGUUAUCCAGUUUACACUCACUUGAACAAUAAUUGAACAAACUAUUAUAAUUGACUUGACUGAUUUCAAAACUAGUAAUCUAUUAAUUUGUUGUGUACAAGUAAUCAUUUUGUGGUUUCACUGUCAUAACAGCCCUCCGAGGGAAGACUCCAAAUUGGCCCGCGACUAAAAUGAGUUUGAGACCCCUGAGUUAAGAUAACCUUUAUUUGUCUCGCAAUGGAGAAAUUCCCAAUUAAAAGUAGCAAAGUUACGAAAGGAAGAAGUAGAAGAACAAAAUAUAGAAGCUUCCGGAAAGACAGCCACUCUCGCGGCGCCUUAGUCCCGAUUGCACGAUGACAAACUCCAUUUGACCAGAACAUCAUCAUAAUUAUUCCACUAUUUAUACUUUUUAUUUGGAGGUGUUCUGAUAUUUUUCGAAGGUAAAAUGAAUGCUUUGGCUUGAUAAAAGAUGGAGAAAAAAAUGGCAUGAAUCUAGCAGAAAUGUCCCAGUAACAACACUUCAUCAGCAAGGCCAAACAGGACGAGGGUCAGUGCAAAAGUUGUUUGGGCUUAUUGUUUUUGUCUUGGGGGAAAUCAUGUGACUUCAUGCUGAUGACAACACGGUUCAAAGCAGUCAGGCAGGUCUUACAGUAAACCACGUGGCUCAGCAAAUAGCCUAGAUCGGUGAGACAGUUUCAACUCUCGCCAAAGUUACGUCACAGCAACUAAACUCCGUGGAAGGAGUUGCGAAUCCAGGCCGUAACAUGACUCCUACUUUCGGUUUUGCCCAACCUCCGCUGGCCAAGCCCACUCAAAAGGGGUGCAAGGUCACAUUCUUGGCCGGGAGCGGCUCUUCUAUUGGUCGUUACCGUGAGUCGUCUUCCUAUUUCCUCUCGACUGACGCCGCUCAGCCCUUUUUCGUAUACCGAUGUUUGGUUGAAGCUAAGCGCACGAGCAACAAGAGCAUGUUAUCCUGCAUGAUCAUGGCAUGUUGAGAGUCCAGCUGCAGCUUCACACCCCCUCUGCAGCAGCUCUGCUCACCCCGGGAAAUGUCUCAACGUCCGCCCGCCCAUCCUGCCGCUGGCUUGAACCGCCAUGGUCGCGGCCUCCCGUGCCCGCGAACAUCAAAAGCCCCCAGCAGCAGCAGCACCCUCCCUUCUAAGAGCCGGUCCGGAGCAGAGAUGUUGGAGCGCAAUCUGGAGAAGCCCAAACUUGUGGUGGUAGAGCAGCCCAAAGAACGAGGCAUGAGGUUUCGCUAUGAGUGCGAGGGACGCUCUGCCGGCAGCAUCCUGGGUGCGUCCGGGAGUGAAAGCAACAAGACUCAACCGGCCAUUGAGAUUCAAGGUCUCAUUGAGCACUUAAAGAAGGUCACAGUCACCGUUUCCCUGGUAACCAAAGAUCCCCCACACCGGCCGCACCCCCACUGCCUCGUGGGAAAAGACUGCCCGAAUGGAUCAGGUAUCUGCGUGGUGACGCUGAAUCCUCACAGCAACCGACGCCACAGCUUUGCCAAUUUGGGAAUCCAGUGUGUGAGGAGGAAAGAACUUGAUGUCUCGCUGCAAAAGAGAAGAAACCAGAAUAUUGACCCAUUUCUAACUGGUCACUCCAAGGGCAUCGAGGACAUGGACAUGAACGCCGUGCGUCUAUGUUUCCAGUGCGAGUUGGAGUGGGAGGACGGCACAACGGACAGUCUGAGCCCCGUGGUGUCCAACCCCAUCUUCGACAAGAAAGCGACCACGACGUCCCAGUUAAAAAUUAGCCAACUGAACCAGUACACUGGGGCCUGCACUGGCAAGACGGAGAUCUACAUGCUGUGUGACAAAGUGCAAAAAGACGACGUCGAGAUCAUCUUCCGCCGCGGCUCGUGGAAGGCCAACGGCGAGUUUGCCCAGACGGACGUCCACCGGCAGAUCGCUAUCGUGUUCAAAACGCCUCCCUACCAGGACCAGGACAUCACAGAGGAAGUGGACGUCAGCGUCACCCUGCGCCGGCUCUCCGACCAGAUGGAGAGCGAGCCGGUCACGUUCACCUACCUGCCGUAUAAUCCCGAUCCGUAUCAGGUGAAACGCAAGAGAAAGAUCAAGGCAGACAUGAGCUUCCAAGAGAAAACUGAUGUCGCGGCAGCCGAGUGCGCAGCGGCAUCGGAACAGUCCUUCCACUUUACUCACGCCAUGAUGUCGCCAUGCACGGCCCAGCCGGGGCCCGCCCCUUUGGGGGAGAUGUGCUACGGCGAGCCCCCAGACGCCAACAUGAACGGUGACGAGAUGGCCCUCAUCAAUCAGCUGAUGGAGCUGCCCGCCUUUAUGGACCUGUUAUCGGACCCGGCCGUCGUCCCGCCCAUUCCCGACGCUGGCCAGGCCCCCUUCGCCAACAUAGACGCCAACCCCAACCAGAACUUCGGCCCGUACCCGCAGGACUUUUCCCAUUACGCUGACUUUCAGUUCAACAUGCUGGUCAACGGGAACUGGGAUAUGCAGACUGAGUCGCCGGCCAGCCCGUCCAAUGUGGUGCAGGUGAAGAUCGAAGACGACUUGUGAGGGCAUGGAACACCGGGAAUUAGUCUAGAGCAGAGUUACCAGUUAACCACGCUUUCCAGUUCGCUUCAGGUAACUAUGUAUAACAUUAACUUUCUGUAGUUAAGUAAUUGUAAAUUAACUAGUAGUCUUAAAAAAAGACUUGUUUAUACUGGGGCAUGUAAUAACACAUUUAAAAAAAACAAAGAAAAUCGCAUUCCCAGAUUUAGUCAAAUCCCAUCUUUGAAAAUAUAUUAUUCUCCCCCCAACCAUUUUGCAUUAUUUAGUUCCUAGUUUAAAUGGCUUUCUCAUCAGAGGUUGUGUAGAUUAGCUACACAUUGUACUCAAAUACUGUACUCUUACUUUACAAUAACAUGACUCAAGUAAAAAGCACCCCUACAAAUAAUUACAGUACAGUACUUAAGAUUCAGUAAAAAAAAAAAACUACUGAAGUAUCAAGUAACAGGUGAGUAACUUUCGAUUCAUUUUUAAAAAAAUCAAAACCACAAACAUCUACAAAACCGGGGGGUCGGCAACCCACGGCUCUAGAGCAACCUGCGGCUCUUUAGCGCCUUCCGUGUGGCUCCCCGAAGCUUUUUCAAAAAUGUUUGAAAAUGGAAAAAGAUGGGGAAUGGCAAUGUAUUUUUUGUUUUAAUAUAGUUUAUGGAGGAGGAAAAACAUGACACAAACAUUCUUAACAUUUUCUAAUAUUGUAAAAGUGUGUAGAAUAAAAUUUAAAUUUCAACAUCUCUGUCAACAAAGAUUUGCGUCAUAGCCUGCAACACACGUUUCUAAGAGCAGGGCGGGAUGCCAGGCAGGUGGCUAUAGAAUUCACCGAGGGUACUGGCAAAGAAUGGGAAUCUGGAUGGCCGAUAGAAAUAUUUUUAAACGGUACAUGUGAGCUAUGUAGUUAACACUCUGCAAAAGUGUGUCGAAUCCAAGUCUGGUCUCGACGUAGGAAGGUAGGCAUGCGUGUUAAGUGCGUGCGUAUGCGCGCGUGCGGUAACGGGUUGAUCGCGGGAGGUUGGUUGAUCGAAAAGUCGAUCUUCUGUCAAAAAAGGUUGGGCACACCUGUAGAGCAGUAUUUGCUAAUAGACAUAUUUGGGUUUUUUUGGGGGGGGGGUUUGUCCAAUAUGGCUCCUUCAAAAUUUUGGGUUGCCGACCCCUGUACUAGACACAAAUAUAAAAAGGGAAUGUGCAAAAGCUGAUAUUUCCGAACAACAACACUUGAAGUGCAACAAUAAAUAUUUAUUCAAAUAAAUAGGUUCAGGCAAAACCAAAAUGGUAUUCACUUUCUUCUUCUCACAGUACAAGUGGCUCACCAGGCAAAGAUUAUGUAGCCGUAUUUACUAGGUUGAAUAAAAAUGUGUAGAGAUUUUUUUCUGUGUGAGGCCGCAAUGCUCUCACUCUCUCUCUCUUUUGGGGGGGAGGGGAUUAGGCACAUGCUAAUUGGUCCCAUGAGAGCCAAUUAAAGAUGGACAUUUUUACAAAUUUAUAAAACCCUCCCGGAUGCCCGAACAGAGUUUUAAAAAAAAGCGCCCGCUAAUUCAUCCUUGAAGGCCUUGCUGGUCAUGCCUUCAGUGAAACAGAGCCGUCAGCAUUGCCAAAUAUUUGUGUGUGUGUAUAGUGUUUGUUUUCUUGGUGUCUGUUUAUUCCAUAAAUUGCCACAUGCCUCAUGUGGAGUUUACACCGACAGAUCCUGGACUGUGUGUUCUUGUCGUCUGCGCAGGGGAUGUUGAAUUAAAAGGAACUUAGCCAGUGCACAUAAUCAAAGUUGUCGACCAUUCCUAUGUAAACACUGUGAUGACGGGAACAAUAAAACAAAAAUGAACUCUUGA